AUGGAGAUAUCGGAGAUAAAUUUCAUGCCCCAUGGUGACAAGUACCAUCAACAAUACGCCGCCCUUGCGGCCUGGUUUCUUGGACCUAAGGGAGAGAACAAAGAUAUAUUUACAGACUUAGCCAAAUCGGCUGUUGAGGCCCACAUAGACUUUCGGACGAACUACUAUCCGACAGACAAACCCUACAUCACUGACGACAUUAAAACAGCUCGGGCUUACAGGAACGAAGUCAAGGAACUGAAAAAUGAAUUAAUGAAGAUGACAGAAGAACUAAAAGAAACUACUCCAAACCACAGUCUGCGAUACGAGGGUCACAUGCUGUGGGACACCGCUAUGCCCGCUAACCUCGGCUACAUAGCCGCCCUACUGUACAACUCCAAUAACGUAACGAGGGAGGCCAGUCCGGUCACAACCGGCAUGGAAAUCCAGGUCGGGAAACAGAUAUGUGAAAUGCUCGGGUACAGCUUUGGGCAAAAACCAGAGCCAUGGGGCCACCUCACGUGCGGCGGAAGUGUAGCCAACAUUGAAGCCAUGUGGUCUGCUCGAAACGUCAAAUUCUAUCCGGUCGCAAUUAAAAAAGCUGUGACGUCAGAAGAAGCGUUAAAAGACGCGCUGAACUAUGAAGUGUUUGUACCGAGACUUGACGCAAAACAAAAGUUAACUGGAGUUUGUUCUUGGGACCUACUGAACCUCGAUAUAGAUGACAUUAUUCGUAUUCCAGAAGAUAUGUCGAAGUUGGGGAUUUCGAAUGACGUUCUCGCAGAUUGUUUGUCCAAGUACAGUUUACAGGCUUUGGGAUUUUUUAAAUUCGCACUUGUUCAUGGACUUACUGAGGCACCCGUCGUUGUAUCCCCGGCCUCCAAUCAUUACUCUUGGACAAAGGCAGCGACUCUACUGGGCAUUGGAUCCGAGAACCUGAUCUCCGUGAUGUUUGAUAGGAAUGCCCGGAUGAGUAUAGAUG